ACUAAGACUGCAUUAGCUCUAAGACGUAAGAGAUACACGGUGUGCAUCUAGAGUUUCCUUCAAACUCAGUCCAACGGAUUUUCAUAUGAUUUAAGUCAUCGCAAUUAUGUAACAUUUUCAUGCUGGGCGAACAUAAAGCAAACGUGUUACUUAAAGGGAAAACGGUGAUUUAAGACACAUUUACAAGUACACAAUUUCGCUAAAGGCACCACUGAAAAACUUUCCCGAAGAAUAGUAAAACUUUAACGUGCCAAACCUUAGGGUAGCCCGAGAUCUCCUAUAGGUAGCAGCGAGGCACAGCCCAGAAUACGACAAGCGAUCUCGAGAAGCAUACAAUUUGAAGAACCCAUACAGCUACAGGUUUCCUGUCGUGCAGAAACCAAAGAAACACGUCUCAGGUAGAAUGCAAUUUUAGUCAUUUUUGUUUGAUAACAAUACUUUAAAAUUGAUCAUUUCAAUUAUUAUUUUGAACUCGGGAAUCGUGAUUUGCUCCGUAAAUUCCAUUUAAAAGUCUAAUCAUCAGAAAAUUAAUUGCAACGACAUGCUGAGAAGCACGACCGACGUCUGCCUGUCUCUCAUUGCGGUUGUCAUCACCCUAGCAGACGGUGACCGAGUCGCUGUGGUUAAUUCCACCGGCUCCGUUUCAAACACCGGCGGGUUGUCCGGCGUUAAUUUCUCGGUCAGUAAUGCAGACACAUCUAGGAGCAGGCAGAAGCGGUACAUUUCACAGAGCGACAUGAUCGCCAUCGUAGAUUAUCAUAACAUGGUCCGGGCAAAUGUCUUCCCACCAGCAGCCAACAUGGAGUACAUGGUCUGGGAUGACGGCUUGGCCAAGUCAGCAGAGGCUUGGGCGGCCACAUGCAUCUGGGAUCACGGGCCGUACUAUCUGAUGCGGUUCUACGGCCAAAACCUCUCGGUCAGGACGGGCCGCUUCAGGUCCAUCUUGCAGCUUGUGAAGCCUUGGUACGAUGAGGUCAGAGACUACGUGUUCCCCUACCCCCGAGACUGCAGUCCCAGGUGCCCGGCGCGCUGCUAUGGGCCCAUGUGUACACAUUACACUCAGAUGGUGUGGGCGACGUCGAGGAGGGUGGGAUGUGCGGUGCAGACUUGCUACAAUAUGAACGUCUGGGGCUCUCUGUGGAGGAGGGCCACAUACCUGGUGUGCAACUACUCCCCGAAGGGGAACUGGAUCGGGGAGGCGCCCUACCAGGUGGGCGUACCCUGCUCGGCCUGCCCCCCCGCCUAUGGGGCGUCCUGCAGCAGUAACCUGUGCUCCCCCGCUGUCAGCUCCAACUACCUGUACUGGUUUCGAUAAGCUGCCUUUCACCUGUCCAGAUGGCUGGCACCUUGGACCCCCACCCCCCCGUGUAAAUAAUGUUUCCAAGAAACAUUUCUUGUUCAGACCCGCUGACGCUCCAGAAUCGCCUAGCAACCCCAGACCUAAGGCUUUCAGCACAGAGUACUUUACAGCGGUUAGUUACAUGAGUUUUUUAAUGUCACAGACAUUUUUUUAAUGAAAUUAAAUGUUCCCAUUUUAUGCA